AUGGGAGAACGACUCGUACGGCCGAUGUUGCUCCGGGGGUUACCGAUUUCCGAUCGACAUCCUUCGAAUAACGCGGUCCGUUCCUCCUUAUCGUUGCGUAAACGAAACGAUCUGCAAUUAAGAGAACCGGAAUCCGGUUCGCCUGUAAUUUGAACGCGUUCAUCCCGAACCACUGUUGCAGUCGUAGGAUCGAUUGGUCGGACAACCGCAACUUUUCGCGAAUGCCACUUUGUUGGGACGCGACAAAGGAAGUUCGCUAAACGUUUCAAUUAAAGCGCUUACGAUUCCAGGCGGGUAUCGUCGUUAAACGUGUACCACCGAUCGCGUGUCGCGCCGAUCAGCUCUGAUCGCAUCCUUGCGAGAUAGUUAUUAAUUACCCUCUGUUCGUAGAAAAGGAAACGCGCGGCCGGCUUUUAGCUUGCCGUUUAAACGGCCAAUUACUGUUUUCCAUUUGCAGCGAAAACCAUGUCCGCGCGUCUAUAUAUUCGGCUCGUCGACGCGAGAGCCGUGUACAGUGCGUUUGGUCUCUGCGCGUCGAGUUGCUUCGUUGUUUCGCGAACGCGUCUGAAUCGUCCAAGUUCCAAGUAUGAAGCUCGCCACAGAGGUUUCCUCGAUUCUCUUCUGCGUCUUGAUCUCGCGGUUCCUCCUGAUUCACGCCGAAAUGGUGACCAAGGAAGACUUCAAAGAAAUGACAGCUGCGACCAGGAAGAAAUGCCUCGCCGAAACUAAAGCGACCCUUCAGGCCGUCGAGGAUACGGAAUACGGAGAGUUUCCAGACGACGAUCGGUUAAAGUGUUACUUCAAAUGCUGCCUCGAAAAGUUUGGCUUGAUGAACAGGAAGAGCGGCGAGAUCAAGUAUAAUUUACUGAAAACAGCGAUACCGACCACUUACAGACAAGUCGUUAGCGGUAUGAUCGACAAUUGCACCGACAUUGGCGGGAACGAUAACUGCGAGAAGGCGUUCAAUUUCAUGCAGUGCAUGUACGAUCAAAACUCCAUGGUAAGUCGACGCGAAUACAAGAGAAACCUCUCGGGAAGAGUUCUCUCGAUUCAUCUCGUAUCUUUCCUUAGUACUUCAUAGCCCCGUGACUGGUUCGGACGAUAACGCAUCGAAACAUUGGACUCGAACAUUGCUAAUGGUUUAAGGGAAUUCCAACGUUUGAAUCUUUAAUUAAUGGUCGAUUAGAAAGCGUACAAGGGUACAUUG